AUGCCUCGACCGGGUAGAAACACCUACAGCGACCAGAAGCCACCUUACUCCUACAUCUCCCUCACUGCCAUGGCCAUCCAGAGCUGUCCCGAGAAGAUGCUGCCCCUCAGCGAGAUCUACAAGUUCAUCAUGGACCGGUUCCCUUACUACCGGGAAAACACCCAGCGGUGGCAGAACUCCCUGCGCCACAACCUGUCCUUCAACGACUGCUUCAUCAAGAUCCCGCGCCGCCCGGACCAGCCAGGUAAGGGCAGCUUCUGGGCUCUGCACCCCAACUGCGGGGACAUGUUCGAGAACGGGAGUUUCCUGCGGCGCCGCAAGAGAUUCAAAGUGUUGGCCGCCUCUGACCAUUUGGCCCCCAGCAAGCAGUCCGACGCCGCCCACUACCUCCAGCAGCAGGCCAAACUCAGACUGAGCGCGCUGGCGGCCACCGGCACGCACCUGCCCCAGAUGUCCACCUACAACCUCGGCGUGACCCAGUCGUCCACUUUUAAGCACCCGUUCGCCAUCGAGAACAUCAUCGCCCGAGAGUACAAGGUCCCCGGGAGCCUGGCCUUCUCCACCAUGCAGUCCAUGUCCGCCGGCUACCCGCUGCACAACCAGCUGACCACGGCCUGGCCGCACAUGUACAACAGCGGCGUGAUCGACACGGCGGCCCCCAUCUCCAUGGCGGGCGGCGACUACAGUGCCUACGGCGUGCCCAUCAAGUCCCUGUGCCACGGCGGUCAGUCGCUGCCGGCCAUCCCCGUGCCCAUCAAGCCCACGCCGACCUCCAUGGCCGGUUUCUCGGCGCUGCCCCCCCACAUCCCCGCCUUCCUAUCAAACUCUCCGCAGUCCCUGAGCCCGACCUCCCCACAGACAGCGACCAGCCAAAGCAGCCCGGCCACCCCGAGCGAGACUCUGACCAGCCCGUCCACGCUGCAGUCCGUGGCCGUGCACUGA